ACCUCGGCGGCCCCCGUCCAAGCUUCAACGCGGAAGAAGGUGCAGGGGGACCGGGUUUGGGCACCUGGCUAGAUAUGGAGUUCGACUGCGAAGGUCUGAGGCGGCAGCUUGGCAAGUACAAGUUCAGGGAUCUAACUGUGGAAGAACUAAAGAAUGUAAAUAUGUUUUUCCCACACUUCAGAUAUUCCAUGGAUACCUAUGUUUUUAAAGAUAGUUCCCAGAAAGAUCUACUGAAUUUCACCGGUACUAUUCCUGUGAUGUAUCAGGGUAAUACAUAUAACAUACCAAUUCGUUUAUGGAUUUUGGAUUCUCACCCUUUUGCUCCCCCCAUUUGCUUCUUAAAGCCAACUGCUAAUAUGGGCAUCUUGGUUGGAAAACACGUGGAUUCUCAAGGCAGAAUAUACUUGCCCUAUCUUCAAAACUGGAGCCAUCCUAAAUCUGUCAUUGUUGGAUUAAUUAAAGAAAUGAUUGCCAAAUUUCAAGAGGAACUUCCCCUGUUUUCUCUGUCAUCUUCUGAUGAGGCACGGCAGGUAGACUUGCUCGCCUACAUCACAAAAGUCACUGAAGGUGUCUCAGACAUAAAUCCGAAGAACUGGGCAAAUCAUGAGAAUAAAAUGGUCAAUAAAAUUACUGUGGUUGGAGGUGGGGAACUGGGAAUUGCCUGCACAUUAGCAAUUUCAGCAAAGGGUAUUGCAGACAGACUAGUCCUCUUAGACCUCUCAGACGGGACUAAAGGAGGGACAAUGGACCUUGACAUCUUCAACCUGCCUAAUGUGGAGAUCAGCAAAGGUGGUGAUCUUCACGGUCAACUCUUUGGGUAAUUCUCAGUCCUACCUGGAUGUGGUACAGAGCAACGUGGAUAUGUUCAGAGCCCUGGUUCCUCCUCUGGGACAUUAUAGUCAACA